ACUUUCUUCAAACAGUUUUCAGAUCUGUGAGUCUUUGUACAAUUUCAUCGUAAGCUCAAAAAUGUCUGUGGUUCCAAGAGGAAGCUUGUUCGACCCAUUCUCCCUUGAUGUUUGGGAUCCUUUUAAGGAAUUCCCCUUCCCUUCUUCUUAUUUUCCUCGAGAAACCUCUGCUUUCGUCAACACUCGUGUGGACUGGAAGGAAACUUCUGAAGCCCACGUGUUCAAGGCUGAUCUUCCAGGGCUGAAGAAAGAGGAAGUGAAGGUGGAGAUCGAAGACGACAGGGUGCUGCAAAUCAGUGGUCAGAGGAAUAUAGAAAAGGAAGACAAGAAUGACACGUGGCACCGUGUGGAGCGUAGCAGUGGCAAAUUCUCCAGGAGGUUUAGGUUGCCGGAGAAUGCGAAAAUGGAUCAGAUCAAGGCUUCUAUGGAGAAUGGAGUUUUGACUGUGACUGUUCCUAAAGUGGAGAUCAAGAAACCCAAUGUAAAGGCCAUUGAUAUUUCUGGCUGAAACUGAAAAUGGUAUCUUGAUCUAUGUGACUGAGUGUAGAUGUGUAUGGUUUUGCAGUUGUAAGCGGUAUUUGUGUAUGAUAUGAAUAAUGUGUAUAGGCUUUGGACCUAAUGUACGAGAGUAAUGUAAAUAGCACUACGAAGUUUGUAUUUGUUCUGUGAAAGCUUAAUCUCUGUGUGAAUGAACUUUCUUCUCCUCUCUU